AGCAUGACAUCACCUGAAGAACCACCAUUUAUUCUUUCUCCCGAAGAAUCAACAAUUAUUUGUUCACCAAUUAUUCCUUCGUCUGGGUGUUCAACAAUUAUUCCUUCGUCUGAGGAAUCACCAUUUAUUCCUUCGUCUGAGGAAUCACCAUUUAUUCCUUCGCCCGAAGAAUCAACAACUAUUUAUUCACCAAUAAUUCCUUUGUUUGAGGGAUCGUUGACGUCUGAAUUCUUCAUUAACCCCAACAAUAUUAAUAGCAUUCCUGUUCCUUAUGAAAUGCAAAAUAACUCUUCGCAUAACGUAUUCUACAAUAAUUAUAACUUAUUUGAUUUACAAUCCCUGGCUGAAUUUCCUUAUUAA